ACUUUGUUGUUUCCACUGUAAGAAGGAAGGUUCUGCACAGAUGGCAGCCAGGUUUAAACAAUCUGUUUUCGCUGAAGUGGAUGUCCACAGUAAGACCAACAACACAGAACAUCACACCCAUGAAAUCUCAUUGGAACAGCUGAUUGUGAGGCGAGGCCAGUCCUUCAACCUGACUCUUAAACUGAGCCAGUCUUUUACCCCUGACCUCCAUCCCUUCAUCUUCACUGCAGUGACAGGAGAAUAUCCAUCUGAGGACCUGGGAACAAAGUCCCGCUUUGGUAUCCCUGACACUGUGCAGCGUUCACCGUCUGCUAAAGCGGUAUGGAGGGCAGAGCUUCAAGGGGGUUCUUCCCCACAAACAGGCACCCUGAAUCUAAACAUCACACCCUCAGCUAGCACCCCCCUAGGAGCGUACAAGCUGUCGGUACAGCACAGGGGUGAAGAAAAGAUGCUGACAAACCUGGUGGUGCUCUUCAACCCCUGGUGUCCUGAUGAUUGGGUGUUUCUAUCUGAUGAGGCACAAAAACAGGAAUAUGUGAUGAAUGAACAGGGAGUAAUCUACAGAGGAAGUGAUAACUACAUCUAUCCAAUGCACUGGGACUACGGACAGUUUGAAGAGGACACGGUGAAAAUUUGUUUGAAGAUACUGGACCUCAACAAAAAGCACCUGCGCAACCCAGCUGAUGAUGUUUCUGCUCGCUCUAACCCCAUCUAUGUCGGCCGUGUAGUCAGCGCCAUGAUUAACAGCCAAGACGACAACGGCGUCGUGCAGGGGAACUGGGGAAAGGAGUUUGGGGAUGGAGUCCCACCCACUCACUGGAGUGGCAGCUAUGCCAUCCUGAAACGCUGGAUAGACUCCAACUGCCUCCCGGUCAAGUACGGCCAGUGUUGGGUGUUUGCUGGCGUGAUGUGUUCAGUGAUGCGUCUGCUGGGCAUCCCCUGCAGAGUGGUCAGCAACUUCCAGUCUGCUCACGACACCAACAAGAAUCUGACCGUUGACAAUUACUACGCCGACUACGGGGUCAGAGAGAAAGAAUCCAGGGACAGCGUCUGGAACUUCCACGUCUGGGUGGAGGGGUGGAUGAAGCGCCCAGAUCUGGCAAAAGAUGGCAGAUAUGAUGGUUGGCAGGUUCUGGAUCCUACACCGCAGGAGAUGAGUGAUGGUAUGUACUGUUGUGGUCCAGCCCCGGUCUCAGCCAUCCUGAACGGGGAUACUCAUCUCAAAUACGACGUCCCGUUUGUCUUCGCUGAGGUCAACGCUGACUGCAGUUAUUGGCUGGUCAAAGCUGACGGGUCAGAGGUGAAAAUAUUUUCUGACACCAAAACAGUGGGACAGAACAUCUCCACCAAGUCCGUCGGCUCCAAUAAGAGGAUGGACAUCACCGACACCUACAAGCACAGAGAAGGGACAGAGAAGGAGAGGGCUGUCUUUAAAUUCGCCCUUGCACAUUUAGAGAAUAGUUGGAUUGAAAUAAAUGGCGCGAAUGCGAACAAUGGAAACACAGAAGAAGCAACCAGCAUCCCUCCACCACAACUGGUCAUGCAAUUUGCAGAGGUGUCCAUUCCCAGGAACGGUGAGGAUGUGAGAAUGAAGCUGGUGCUGAACAGUGACAGCAGCGUUCCCAGGACGUUGUCCGUCAACAUCAGUGUCCAGGCGAUGCAGCACAACGGCUCACCAGCCGGUAACAUCCAGACUGAGGUGACAGAGCAGACGCUGCUGCCUGGAAAAGAUCUGUCCAUCCCUAUUGUGGUCCCGUUCUCGGCCUAUGGUAAAUACAUGGUGGAGAAUAAGAGCAUCAACAUUUCAGCCAUGGUCACAGACAAGCAGAAGCCAGACAACAUUUACCUGGCUGAGAACCGCGUUGUGUUGAAGGACCCUCCGGUCUCCAUCACGGUUUUUGGCCAGAGCAGAGUGAACCAAGAGACAAGUGUCGAAUGGGUUUUCAUGAAUCCGUUGAAAGAGACACUGAAGGACUGCUCUCUCACCAUCUCUGGAAGUGGCCUUCUACAAGGAGAGACUGUGAACAAACUUCCCGAUCUGCGGCCGAACUGCAGGGUUCGUACCAAGUUCCCCAUCGUCCCCUACAAGAGCGGGCAGAGGACCCUCAUAGUCGACUUUGACUGCUCCGCCUUCAGAAAUGUAAAGGAUAGCCGCACCAUCCUAGUCCUACCAUAAAAUCUUUUCAUUUACUUUCACUUUUAAAAAAGAUGUUUAAUGCACAGAUGCACAAAUGUUUUGUUUUUAUUCAGUGUUGUAUGUUUUACUGGCCUUACACAUGUUGUAUCGCUAUGAACAUCAUUUAUGAUAAGAUCACUUGAAAGAGAAAACAAGGACAGAUAAAAGUAGCCUAUUGUACAUCCAAGAACUGGAAAGUUUAGUUUCAAAGACAGUGUUGUUUUCCUGCGGUGCUUUAAAAUUUGUACCACACCUUCUGCUGCCCUUAUAAAUAUGUUUUAUGUAAGUGUUUGUAUUAUUAUAGUAACUUUCCCUUUUAAAAUAAUUAUUUUGCAUGAAUAACAGGAAAUUCUUGCUCCUGUUGAAGGUCAUCUUAACCUGAAUUUAUGCUUCAACAUCAGAUAGAUUGAAAACUGAUGACAAUAUCAGUGUAAUUACAACUGCAUCAGUUUGUGUGUAGACUCGACCCCAGAUGUUUUUGCAAUUCUGGUUGUGCAAGUAAAUAAGUGCUGGAUAAUUUUCUUCUGUGAAAAUGAGUUUUUGCAUAUCUGCAUGCAGGAUAAUGGUUAUUGUGCCAUUUAAUCUAUUUUUUGUUAAAUACUGGCAAUGAAAUGAACUUAUUUUGGAUUCAGUUACAUAGUGCAGAGAUGUAGGGAUGUUAAGCCACAUAUAUAGAUGAAAUAUUACAAUAAGAUUAAAAGUGAAUAACAGGAAGAGUAAAUGAAAGGAUUUUAAGUUUUUGAGAAUUUGGGGAAAACUAGAUUUAGUGAUAGUAUUUACAUUUUGAAUAUCUAAUGUCUUGUUUUGUCCUCGUUUUCUUCUUUGAGGUUUAGACCUGUCUUGUAACUUCUGUUUGGAUUCCUACUUUUACUCGUAGCGCCUUUAAUUUAUGCAUGUAGAUUUAUUGAAACUCAUCUUAUCAUUCACAUUACCAGCCUGUAAUGUUGUCUGAAACAGGACCAUCUUCUAAAUCAACCUAACAAACAAGACGACAUUUCGAUACCCCAAAAGAUGGAAAUUACCUUCCUGUUUUAUUAUUAUUAUUAUUAUUAUUAUUAUUAUUAUUAUUAUUACUAUUAAUGUUAUUUUACAUAUGUCUUGUAUGAUGUUCUCUUGAAAUUCUUUGUAUUAGAACUAGAUAGAAAAUAUCCUUUUGAAUGUUGUCCCCAUCAAAGCAAUGAGGAAGGUCUUUAAGAAAAAGCAUUAAACCUGUUUUGGGUUAAAGAGUUUAAAAUGUAAUCAAUUUAGAUUUCGUUUUAGAAAAAAUGAAACAAAAAGUAAAUUAGUGCAAUGUCAUGGUAAAAGUCGAAAGCAAAAGUAAAACAUUUUAAAGGGUUAUGAAAAAAACAAACAAAAAAAAUAAAUACGUGAGGGUGAUUAACAAAAACUAAACAAAGCUCAAUGACAAAUCGAGCGUUUACUUUAGUUGUAAAAGCUGUAAUAACGCGAGAUUUGCCUCUGGACGCUGUUAACUGUCUAUGCUUUAAAAUAGAAACUGACCAACUGCUGCCCUCUGUCUGGUGAUGCAUUCGCGGCUUUGGAAAAAAAUGGUACAAACGAGAUCUCACCCUAAAAGGAAACCAGACCUCAUUUAAUAAGUGCUCAAUAAAAACGUGAUAAUCAGUUGACUAAAACACUGUAUUUAAAAAUAUUAACAAUUGUUCUUUCUUAUGUUUAUGUAGAAAAGAACUGCAUCUUGUGUGUCCAAAACUGUUGUUUUCAAUUUCUUUGUAAAGUUCAAGAAAGUAAUGUUUCUACUUAAUUAGAAAUAACUGUUUCAAGGUGACAAUUGUUUGAUCCAUUUAAUUUCAGUUAUGAUCAUUUAUCUCAGUGUUGUAGUCCUUUGAGCUUCAUUACAUUUCUACUUCAUUUUAUUGAAAGAUAUUUUACUUUCUGCUGUUCUGCAGCUCUCUGCCUCUCUGUCUGAUCAUGUUUAUGUUCAUAUGUUGGUGUUGUCUACUCUUGGACGGGUUGUACUGGUAAUAAUU